CAGUGUACAGACAGAGUGGUGGCCGCCACUUUUCUACUUGUUCAGUUGGUUCGUCGACGCCUUGGAACGGACUCGUAAUCUCGUCGCCCUCUCUCUCUCCUUCCGCGCGCGCGUUUUCUUAAAGUGACAACAACGGCAUCAUCAUCUCGGAGAUCCAGACGCGACGCCAGAGCAAGUCAAGAGAUAUAUCGUAAAGUGAUUCGGUCUAAAAGGAUCUCCAGGAAAGAAUAAGAGAUUUCGUUGAUAUCGUCUACCGGCGUUGCUUCCAAAAGGACUUGGACCUUAGCUUAGCGUGUCCUUCCGUCAGAUCGAUUGUCCACUUUUUUUUCGUCUCGAGUGGGAACUAUUGUAGUUUGCUUAGUUGUUUUUGUUAUUUGUCUACACCGCAGAGAUGACAGCCGACGUGCAGGUGCAGGAAGAAGUGGUGCGAAAGGUUAUGGCAAUGACUUCCAUCGACAAAGAAGGUAUAAGGAGCGCCUACACUGAAGUCAGGGAUGACAAGACUGAUUGUAACUGGGCCGUUUUCAAAUACGACGGGAGUCAGGUGAUGGUAGCAGCCAAGGGACAGACCUUCGACGAUUUCAAGUCGCAGUUCGGAGAUGAUGAGCGCGCUUUUGCCUACAUUCGUCUUCAGACAGGAGAUGAGAUGAGCAAACGAUCAAAGUUCCUCAUGGUGACGUGGGUUGGAACUGGUGUGUCUCCUAUUAAGAAGGCUAAAAUGUCCACGGAUAAGGCCCUGGUCAAGGAAAUUUUGGCGAAUUUCUCCGUGGAACUUACCCUAGAGAGUGCCCAUGAACUGGACCACCAGGCUUUCCUGACGGAGCUUGUCAAAGCAGGAGGAGCAAACUACGGUACUGGGGUUCGCGAUUAGGGCGUAGUUCUUAUAAAAAUAAUUUUCUAAUGUAUGGUAAAUAUAUGCAAAAUCUGGUUUAAUGUUUAUUGCAAUUUAUUUUGAGUGCUGUAUUGUUUUAAAUUAUUCUUACUCCUUCAUUGAAUCAUGUAUAGUACAGCAUAAAUGUGUGCAUUUAAUGUUUGUAAAAUGACACGUGUUUAUUUUUCUUCUUUGGUCACAUCAUUUGAUGAUUCUACAUUAACAUACCCUGUGCUUAUCAGUUUCCAGAUGUCAUUAUUUUCAAUGCUUGUCUUGAGACUAAUAGUACAGAACAAAUUUUCCUUUCCUUAAAUUAAAUUGUAUGCUAAAUACAGGCUAUGUAAGUAUUUGCAUAAUCGCUUUCCUUGAAAUUUGCACAAUUAUGAAGCUAGGAGGCAUUGAUGAAUUGAUAGCUAUACAUAAGAAUACAUAUGUAGGAUAUUUACUGAAUUUUUUAAAAUACUGUAAUAUUUCUAGGCUGAAGCACAGGCUUGGCAGGUCUGUAAUCAUGUCCUACAGGUAUAAUAAAAUUUAGUAAUUGUA